AUGAGCUUUAUAUGCGAUCCAGCAAAUUUAUUAUCUAAGGAAGAAGCGGAUUCUAUUGAUGCAAUAUUGCAAGAAAUACGUGAGACUGCUACUCACAAGUGUGGUAAUGGACAGGUUGGAUACCCCAUAGAUAUAGCUAUCUUACCUACUAACUCAGGUAAUAAUUCUUCUAUAGCUACAGAUCUAUUAAAAGUAUGGACAAUAAGUAAUUCAGGAUGUGACGAUGGUAUUAUUCUGGUAUAUUUGCAAAGUGAAAACCGUGUAUCAGUAAGAUGGGGUAGUGGGGUUGAGCCUGCAUUAAAUGUAAUGAUAUAUCCAGAACUAAUUAGUGAGAUCGACCAAGUACUCCAAGAAAAAUCAUUAGGUGCUGGCUUAUACCAUGCAAUAUCCUUAAUAAGGAAGCAGUUAAAAGGUAAUAUAGGACCACCAAGGAGGUUGCCACAGCUUCUUGUUCUUGCAGUUAUUGGAGGAAUAACAGUACUUGGAUUUGGUGCUCUUGUUGCUACAGCAAUAUCAGAAAUCAAACCACAAAGAAGCCAGAGUCGUUCAGGAAGGAGAAAUGAGUCACAGCAAAUUCUAAAUAGAAUACAGAAAAUGAUAAAGACAGGAAGACUUGACACAGAUCUAUGCCCUCUUACUCUUUUGGAUUUAAACAGAAGUGGAAUUCCUUAUGUUGUUAGUAAUAAGGGUUAUAGAUUUGAAGCCAGAGCAUAUACCUUGUGGAUGCAAACAAAUAGAUGUGGACCUGAAACAGAUCCCCUAACAGAGGCAAUUAGAAAAGAUGAGUACAUUAUGUCUACUAAAGAUGAUGUUCCUCCAGAAUUAAGGAAGCUCCCAAUCAAGGUGUACUUAGAGAGUUUAAUGAGAAUCUAUCCAGAUAUUAUCACAGUAAGUUAA